GCCCCUGGUUGGCGGGGCGCUGAGGCCAGUUGCCGGGUAACGGAGCGGAGCGGCUCCCGGCGCGCCGCCUCCCGCCCUCCGCCGAGUGGCGCUGGGGCCGCCGCCGCCGCCGCCGCUUUACGUAAGGCGCAGGCCAGGGCCGCCCUGCGCUCGGCAGCCGCCCGCAGCCCCUCGGAUCAAGAAGAGAGGCGCCCCCGCCGGCCGCCGCGCCGCCCGGCAGCCUCGGCAGGUUCUGCCGGAGACUUCCAUUUGGCCUCAAUGUGAAAUUAAAGUAGAAAAUCACAUCUACAUGUAUGUUGCUAUCAGGAUGUUGAUUCAUUAGUCAUGCCUGAAGAGGGAAAGUCUGUUUUAGGUGGCUGACUACCAGCAAAAAUAAAUGCUUAUCCUACAUGUCAAGCAUCUCUCCUUAUUACUGGAGUGAAAAUCCCCUCCAGAUACCAACAGAAUAUCAACUGCAGAAAAUGCUUCACAUUUUAAGGAUGUCGGCAACCUAAAUUCAUGUACCCUAUCUGUACAGUUGUUGUGGAUGGUUUGCCAUCUGAAAGCUCCUCAAGUUCUUAUCCAGGCCCUGUGUCUGUUUCUGAAAUGUCUCUGCUUCAUGCUUUGGGUCCAGUGCAGACCUGGCUGGGACAAGAGCUCGAGAAAUGUGGCAUUGAUGCCAUGAUUUACACUCGGUAUGUCCUCAGUCUUCUGCUGCAUGACAGCUAUGACUACGACCUGCAGGAACAGGAGAAUGACAUCUUCCUGGGCUGGGAAAAAGGAGCUUAUAAGAAAUGGGGAAAGAGUAAGAAAAAAUGUUCAGAUCUAACUCUAGAAGAAAUGAAAAAACAGGCUGCUGUCCAGUGUCUUCGAUCUGCUUCUGAUGAAAGCUCUGGUAUCGAGACUUUAGUGGAGGAGCUCUGCUCCAGACUGAAAGACCUUCAGAGUAAGCAAGAAGAGAAGAUUCACAAAAAGUUAGAGGGGUCUCCCUCUCCAGAGGCAGAAUUAUCCCCUCCAGCAAAGGAUCAAGUGGAAAUGUACUAUGAAGCAUUUCCACCGCUUUCUGAGAAACCAGUUUGCCUGCAAGAAAUCAUGACGGUGUGGAACAAGUCUAAAGUCUGUUCUUACUCUAGCUCUUCUUCAUCAUCCACAGCCCCACCAGCUAGCACAGAUACUUCCUCCCCUAAGGACUGCAACAGUGAAAGUGAAGUCACCAAGGAAAGAAGCAGUGAAGUGCCCACCACUGUCCAUGAGAAAGCCCAGAGCAAAAGUAAAAACGAGAAGGAAAACAAAUUUAGUAAUGGCACAAUUGAAGAAAAGCCUGCUUUGUACAAAAAGCAAAUCCGACAUAAACCUGAAGGAAAGAUGCGCCCUCGCUCAUGGUCUUCUGGCUCCAGUGAAGCGGGCUCAAGUUCCAGUGGGAAUCAGGGAGAAUUAAAAGCAUCCAUGAAGUAUGUUAAAGUAAGACACAAGGCACGAGAGAUUCGAAACAAAAAAGGGCGGAAUGGGCAAAGCAGGCUUUCUUUGAAGCAUGGUGAAAAGGCUGAAAGAAACAUUCAUACUGGAAGUAGUGGCAGUAGCAGCAGUGGUUCUGUCAAACAGCUGUGCAAGCGGGGUAAGAGACCUUUAAAAGAAAUAGGGAGAAAAGAUCCUGGGUGCACUGAAGGAAAAGACCUGUACAUGGAGAAUAGAAACGACACAGAGUAUAAAGAGGAGCCCUUGUGGUACACCGAGCCAAUUGCUGAAUAUUUUGUUCCUCUGAGCAGAAAAAGUAAACUAGAGACCACAUACCGAAACAGACAAGACACAAGUGAUCUGACGUCAGAGGCAGUGGAAGAAUUGUCUGAAUCAGUGCAUGGUCUUUGUAUCAGCAACAAUAAUCUUCAUAAAACAUACCUCGCAGCAGGUACUUUCAUUGAUGGUCAUUUUGUAGAAAUGCCUGCAGUUAUAAAUGAGGAUAUUGACCUCACUGGGACCUCAUUAUGUUCUCUACCAGAGGACAAUAAAUACCUGGAUGAUAUUCAUCUAUCAGAAUUAACGCACUUCUAUGAAGUGGACAUUGAUCAAUCCAUGUUGGAUCCUGGUGCCUCAGAAACAAUGCAAGGAGAAAGUCGGAUUUUGAAUAUGAUUCGACAAAAAAGCAAAGAGAACACAGAUUUUGAGGCAGAAUGUUGCAUAGUGUUAGAUGGUAUGGAGUUGCAAGGGGAACGUGCAAUAUGGACAGAUUCUACCAGCUCCGUGGGUGCUGAGGGCUUAUUCCUGCAGGACCUUGGCAAUCUGGCUCAGUUUUGGGAGUGCUGUUCAUCCAGCUCCGGUGAUGCGGAUGGGGAGAGUUUUGGAGGAGACUCUCCGGUUAGACUCUCUCCCAUCUUAGACAGCACAGUGCUCAAUUCACACCUGCUUGCUGGCAAUCAAGAGCUCUUUUCAGAUAUUAAUGAAGGAUCUGGUAUAAACUCUUGUUUUUCAGUGUUUGAAGUGCAAUGCAGUAAUUCUGUUUUACCAUUUUCUUUUGAAACACUCAACUUGGGAAAUGAAAAUACAGAUUCUAGUGCUAAUAUGCUUGGGAAAACACAGUCUAGAUUGCUAAUAUGGACCAAAAAUAGUGCCUUUGAAGAAAAUGAACACUGUUCUAAUCUUUCAACAAGAACUUGUAGUCCAUGGUCCCAUUCGGAAGAAACACGUUCAGACAAUGAAACAUUAAAUAUUCAGUUUGAAGAAUCCACACAGUUUAAUGCCGAAGAUAUUAAUUAUGUAGUUCCUAGAGUCUCGUCAAAUUAUGUAGAUGAAGAACUUCUAGAUUUUUUGCAAGAUGAAACUUGCCAGCAAAACAGUAGAACUUUAGGUGAGAUUCCUGCAUUAGUUUUCAAAAAAACAUCUAAACUAGAAUCCGUCUGUGGUAUUCAGCUAGAACAAAAAACAGAAAACAAAAAUUUUGAAACUACACAAGUAUGUAAUGAAAGUCCACAUGGAGAUGGCUACAGCUCAGGGGUUAUUAAAGACAUUUGGACAAAGAUGGCAGACACAAAUUCUAUGGCUACAGUAGAAAUAGAAAGAACUGAUGCUGAGUUGUUCUCAGCAGAUGUAAAUAACUACUGCUGCUGUCUAGAUGCUGAAGCUGAACUGGAGGCCCUUCAGGAGCCUGACAAGGCUGUGCGGAGGUCAGAGUACCAUCUGUGGGAGGGACAGAAAGAGAGCCUGGAGAAAAGAGCAUUUGCUUCUAGUGAGCUAUCCAACGUGGAUGGUGGUGAUUAUACAACACCCUCUAAACCCUGGGAUGUAGCCCAAGAUAAAGAGAACACAUUCAUUCUUGGAGGAGUUUAUGGAGAACUCAAAACCUUUAAUAGUGAUGGGGAAUGGGCAGUCGUACCACCUAGUCACACAAAAGGAAGUCUGUUACAGUGUGCAGCUUCUGAUGUAGUGACGAUAGCUGGUACAGAUGUCUUUAUGACCCCGGGAAACAGUUUUGCUCCUGGGCACAGGCAGUUAUGGAAACCCUUCGUGUCAUUUGAACAGAAUGAUCAGCCGAAGAGUGGGGAAAAUGGGUUAAAUAAGGGAUUUUCUUUUAUCUUCCAUGAAGACUUACUAGGAGCUUGUGGCAACUUUCAAGUCGAAGAUCCUGGACUUGAAUACUCAUUUUCUUCCUUUGACUUAAGCAAUCCAUUUUCACAAGUUCUUCAUGUAGAAUGCUCAUUUGAACCUGAAGGGAUUGCAUCUUUCAGCCCCAGUUUUAAACCGAAAUCAAUCCUCUGUUCUGAUUCAGACAGUGAAGUGUUGCACCCCAGGAUAUGUGGUGUUGACAGAACACAAUACAGGGCUAUUCGGAUCUCUCCUAGGACUCACUUUCGCCCAAUUUCUGCAUCCGAACUGUCCCCAGGAGGAGGAAGCGAGUCAGAAUUUGAAUCUGAGAAAGAUGAAGCAAAUAUUCCCAUUCCUUCUCAAGUUGAUAUAUUUGAAGAUCCGCAGGCAGAUCUCAAACCUCUGGAAGAAGAUGCAGAGAAAGAAGGCCAUUACUAUGGAAAAUCAGAGCUUGAGUCUGGAAAAUUCCUUCCCAGGUUAAAAAAAUCUGGGAUGGAAAAGAGUGCUCAGACAUCACUGGAUUCCCAGGAGGAAUCAACUGGGAUUCUGUCAGUAGCAAAGCAAAAUCAGUGUUUGGAAUGUAGCAUGAAUGAAUCCCUGGAAAUAGAUUUAGAAAGCUCAGAAGCAAAUUGUAAAAUAAUGGCACAAUGUGAGGAAGAAAUUAAUAAUUUUUGUGGUUGCAAAGCAGGUUGUCAGUUUCCUGCUUAUGAAGAUAAUCCAGUUUCUUCGGGACAGCUGGAAGAGUUCCCUGUAUUGAACACUGAUAUACAAGGAAUGAAUAGAAGUCAAGAAAAACAGACCUGGUGGGAAAAAGCCUUGUACUCUCCUCUUUUUCCUGCAUCAGAGUGUGAAGAAUGUUACACAAAUGCCAAGGGAGAGAGUGGUUUAGAAGAAUGUCCAGAUGCUAAAGAGACACCCAGUAAUGAAGAGCGCCUGUUAGAUUUUAAUAGGGUGUCUUCUGUUUAUGAAGCAAGAUGUACAGGAGAGAGAAAUUCUGGAGCUAAGUCAGAUGGCUUCCACGGAAAGAUGUGCUCCAGCGCCAGCUCCACCUCGGAAGAGACAGGCUCGGAAGGCGGAGGCGAGUGGGUGGGCCCUAGCGAAGAGGAGCUCUUUUCUCGAACUCAUCUCUAAACCUGCAAAAUAGUACAAAUUAUUGUUUAAAAAUGAUAUGUGAUGGAAAAUUACUCUUCAGUGAGACCUGUUAAUCUAAAACACCAACUUAGAUUUCCUCUUCAAUUAACUGAUUCAGAUUGGUAAUAAUUAUCUUUCUCUUCUUGCUUAUUUUAGAGUUGAGGACAGCUAUCCUGUUAAAAGAUUUUUUUUUUCCCAGCUGUUAAAUUCUUGGCUAUUUGAAAUAGACUAGAUUGUGUUGUCAAAUCAAGAAUGGGUGUGCAUGUGCUUGUCUUAGAAGUAUCACUGCUUUUUGCAUCUUAGCUGCAGUUAAUUUUCCUUCUAACUGCGGUUACAUCACUAUGACCUUAUUAGCACUGCAGUGUCAACAACCACUUCUGCUCUUCAGAGACUUUAGCUUUGGAGCAUUUAGGCUUUGUUCUCCAAGAACUGGGAAAUCCGUUCUUACCCUGCGGUGGCUCGAUGCCUUUCUGAAGGCGAGAGGGAAGCGUGGGUGACUCAGCGGUGGUCUCCAUUCAGCAAAACCUCAUGUAUAUUUGAAGUAGGAACCACAAGGGUGUGCUUUUCGAGACUCACAAAAUACUGUGUUUUCUAUCUUAGGAUUUCUUUUACCCUAAAGUAUCAUGGAAGAUACUAUGGUUUGUGACUUUUCUUGCUAACUGAAGAAGCCAAGGAUUUGGGGUGUGGGGUCGUAUGCAAGACACAGUAGGGUAAGGGUGCAUACCCCACCCCUUACCUGUUCUCAUACUGCAGUUACAUUUACACCAAAACCCUAUGCAGGGUUCUGUGUGGUGAGUGUCACAUAUGUGGUAAGGACCUUAGUUGCAGAUUGUUAUUUUCUGGUGACCUGUGUUGAAUUGAAGCCCCCAAAACUUGAAAUUGUGAACAUUUAACAUGCAGUAAAGGCCACCUCAUCACCCAGAGAAAUCUUUGGCUGCUGCAGCUAGCCGCUCCUUGGCUGUGAUGUAGUAUAGCUUCGAUCUCAUUUUGUGUUUGAGAGAAUGUUCUGGGCAAGUUCUGUGUGUGGUGGGUUGGGGCGGGUAGAGUCAUGAGUUUUCCACGUCCCUGUGUGGUGGCUGUGCUGACUGUCACUCUGUGGGACUGGCUCCCAGUUCUCCUUGGUGAGCCCGGGGAGCCGGCGCAUCUUGUGAGUCGUGUCUGUGCAUGGCGAUCCGCUCCUCCAGCUCUCAUGGCAUUGUGCCACAGGCUGAAGCCAGGAGGAGCAGGAUGUGCAAAACCUAAACAUUUUACAUUGUUUUUCUUUUUUAACCAACUCAUUGUUUAAAAAAAAUAAAAAAAAAACACCUAAUCUGUGAAAUCAAUGUAGCAUGUCCGGAACAUCAGGAAUGGCAGAAAAGUCUGAUAUGGUCUAGACAGCUUCACCACUAAUUUUGGCAGGCAGUAAACACACAUAUAAUUUAUUAGCUGGGAGCUGAACUGGCUGUGAAAUCUAUGAUUUGCUUUGAACAUUUGGGUUUUGUUGCCUUCUUCUUAAUUGAUAACACAGAAAGUACCAUCAAAGACUGUGGAGUCAUUGAGGUUCUGUGUGUCCUCACCGAGAGGGACCUGGCGUGCCCGCCGGGUUGAUCUUCCCACAUGUUAGGGUUUAUUUUUAUACAACACAUCUUUUGACACUUUAAGGUGUGUGUGUGUGUGUGUGUGUGUGUGUGUGUGCAUGUGUAAGGUUUUAUGUUGCUGUUAUUUAUUUACAAACUUCAGAUAUGUUUUUAUGUAUUUUUCAUUCUUCUGGAGCUUCCUAAAAAUUGAUAAGCAUCUGCACUGAAAUAUAAUUUAACAGCAAAGAUAAAAAAGGAUUGAAAGUUGUAAAUUCCUCAUAUCACUAUAGUGACGAUUAUUCUAGAAAUCGUUGCUUAUGUAGCAAAGACCAAAUAAAUCGAUUUCAGACACAACCUUGAGCACAGUUGAUUUUGGACAGCUGCUGUUUAUUAGGAAAGGGCUCCAGGUGGCCAAGGUGCACACUUCCUUAGACGCGCGUGAGGAGAUGCUGCACCUUCCACAGGUGAAUGGGACGGAUUCGAAGUGAGCAAAGGGAUUCACAAAUUAUGUAUUUAUUUGUUUUCAUAGUUAAGUAGCUGAAGCUCAGAGGCUUUCAGCAACAGAGAUGAAAGUGUGGUUUUUUAGUUUUGUGAAUGGAUGAUCACAAAGAAAAAGCAUUUUUAAAAAGUUGGCAAACGCUGAAACGCACUGUGGUAUGAAGCGCAUUGCAUUUCCAUUAGCACUGAAGCAGCAGUUUCCAUUCCUGGGCUGAGAUUGCUUUCCUCGUGGUUGUAUUGUUCUGAUUUCACGUUCACCAGAGUAACUGAUUUUUUUUGUUUUCUUGUGGAGUUAACACCAAAUAAAAAUUGUAAAAAACAGUUUGUUGUUUUUAUUUCUCAUAGCAAAGCUUCUUUUGUAAAAAACUCCAGCUUCCUUUCACUCAUGAGCAUCUGUGGAAGAGCGAGGGCCCAGGUUACAUUUGUUCUAGAUGGAGGUCAUUUAGCUCUCCUUGCAGAUGCUGCUAAACACAUUGUGCAGCUUUGCUAGAGAAGAAAGUGGUGUGGCCUGCUGAGAAAUGAGUGACCCUCCCCAUCUCACCCCCGGCACACGCAGGGGCUGCUGCCAGAGUCUGCAAAACACAUAGCAUUUUUGUCCGUAGAUGGUACACAAAGCUCAAUCUUUUUGUUUCCUUCUGGGGAAAAAAGUAAAUCUUUAUAUGUUAAUAUGAUUGAUAUUCAUUGUGGAAAAAAAAUCAGUGUGUUUUUAAAGAAGUCUAAGGGAAAAGGAAAACUGGUAUGUCCUUCUGUUCUCUGAGACAUUCACUGGUAACAUCCAUGCGAGCCCCUUUCCAGGAUGGUGAAUGUACAGUAUAUAUGAAUGCAUACAGAGAGAAAUUUACAUUAAAGAGUAUACUAUACUUGUUCUUCUGUAACAUCAGAAAUAGGUUUUUACUCAGAUGUCUUUUCAUGUCAGGAAUUAUAGAACUACAUAAUUAUUUUUAUAGCUGUAUUAUGUAGAUUUAACAGGUUCCUCAUUGAUAAAACAAUGUUUUUUUGGUUGUUUAUUCAGUAACUGAAUAACGUUUCUGUGGACAUCCGUAAACAUGUUUGAGGGGACUUUUAAAAGUUCAUGGAAAAUGGAAUUAAAAGAAAAAUAAAAAAAUAUAAACUUUA